AUGGCUUUUAUCAAUACUUUAUCAUCCCAUUAUGAACUCACAACCUACUCCCAAGCUUCUCAACUACCUGAAUGGUGUACUGCUAUGCAAAAUGAAGUUCUUGCCCUUGAACAUAAUAGAACUUGGGACAUUAUUUCCUUACUGCCAGACAAAACCCCAAUUGGUAGUAAAUGGGUCUACUGUGUCAAGUGCAAUGCUGAUGGCCUUCUUGAGAGAUACAAGGCCCAUCUUGUUGCCCAAGGUUUCACCCAAAAAAGGGGUAUUGACUAUUUUGAAACGUUCUCCCAGUAG